AUGUUAGCCCAAAGCCCGACAGUGCUUUUUACCAAAUUGACCCUAGACUUGAAAAAGGUUGUCAGCUCAGCACAACACAACAGCAACCAGUGGGACCCACCGGUCACAGCUGUAACCGUACCUUACCACUUCAGUUCAGCUGUCUACUCAAGCAGUAAAAUCUCUGUCUUCAUCGCGCGGUUAAAAAAACUCACCUUCUGGCUCCACCGACCUCCACGUAUCCACCUCGCCACCAAAAUUAACCGCAUCGAGAACGCGCAAGACAACAAAGAAAUCCACGUGGAGAGCGUCCCCAAAGCCACUUGUGCGGCACCCCCCACUCCUCCCACGUGCGAGGCCACACGAGCACAAUCGGCUACGGAGUGA